AUCGGGGCUGUUUAAGUGGAACUGCUAGGCUUUGUGGCUGGAGGAGGAGUUAUCCAAGAAAAAUAUCCAGUUAUGAAACAACAUAAGAUGUCACUUCGCAUGGUAAUUGGCAUCUUCGUGGUCGCUUUGAUUGUGUUUCUCAUUUAUAUGGUAAACAAUCCACAUAGAAGCAUGCUAAAUUAUGCAAUUUUCAUGCAAAGUACCCCAAUGAAUAAUCAAGGAGACAACUCGAGAAAACCAACAGAAGCUUCCCCAAUGGAAUUGACCGCAUCUGGCCAGGUCUCCUCUAAAAACACUAGGAUUCAACAUCAACAUCCAACCAAAGAACCUGGGAUAAUGUUUGUGCAAACGUCCAAUGAGCUAGAUCCUUCCCCAUUGGUCAUGUGCAGUAUUGAAUCAGCAGCUAGACUAAACGAAAAAAAAACAGUUUAUUUUUUCAUGAGAGCAUUCAAUGGGAAUAUAUCUGCAUAUCAAGAACCUGAGUACAAAGCCAUCCCUCUGCUUUCUUCAUUCAAGAAUGUGGUCAUCUUGCCCUUGAAUCCUAAAGAAUUAUUCAGCGACACACCCUUGGCUGGAUGGUAUGAGAAGGUAGAUCCCAGCAAAGAAAGCUACUGGUUCCAUGUGCUCGCAGAUGGCUGUCGGCUUGCCUUGCUGUGGAAGUACGGGGGCAUCUAUCUGGACACGGAUAUCAUUUCAAUCAAACCCUUGGACUUCAAAAACUUCCUCUGUGAAGAAUCUAGUAAUUAUGCCAAUAAUGCAGCUUUGGGAUUUAACCGCUCUCAUUCCUUUAUCAAGAGUUGCUUAAGGGAUUUUGUUGAGGAUUACAAUGGAGCAGAUUGGGGUCAUCAAGGCCCUAAACUGAUGACCCGGAUGUUGAAGAAAUGGUGUAGGACUGAUGAUCUCGAUUACUUUCGGAACAGAAAAUGCAAAGGGAUCCUGUACCUGUCCAGCAACUGGUUCUACCCUGUUCCAUACACCAAUUGGGAGAAGAUUUUUGAAGAAGAUACGUGGAACGGGAACAAUGAGAAAAUGGCUAUCCUUGGAUGGGAAAACGCAAACAGCACACAGGGUGGGAAGCGAAUGUCUCACUCUUAAAAGAACAAGCCUGGUUCUCAUUGAAUUGGGCCGGAAUGAAUGAAUGACCUCAGUUUGGGUAGGACUGUUGGCAAAAGCUCUCUUGCCAAUGGACAUUCUAACCCUGGUAAACUCCUCCUUGCACUUUGAAGAUGAUAAAGUGAACUGGUCCAUAAGGUGAAUGAGAAAGGAAGAGUUAAGAGACCACUCAAUCUGGUCAAGAGAUAAGAACGAUUGCGGCUUGCUCCAAAUGGAGCCAGCAUCAUUAACCAGAGUCAUCCCUUCAUGUACCAAACAAUAUCCCAUCAGCCCUGCCUCAAUCACAGGAAUCGUGCCCAUCAUCCGACAAUUAGAAGAUCAAGAUGUGUCGGUAAAAACACACAGAUCCUCCAACAGCCCUGUAUGGCUGGUGCGCAAACCUGACAUGAUUUGGUGCUUGACGUCAACUACAGAAAGGUCAACCAAUGCAUUGAUCAGAAAGCUCCUUUGGUUGCAGAUCAUGCCAAUAUUCUCAAUGCCCUCACGCCAGAACAUAAAUACUCUUCGAUGAUAGAUAUGGCCAACAGAUUCUGGUCGGUACCCCUAGCACCUUCAAAGCAACAACAGUACAACUUGACCCGGCUACAACAGGUCUUCCACAGCAGUCCUACUGUAUCUAACAUGGCCCUGCAAAAUCACUUGCCAGAAUUACCCCCUGUGCCUUCAACGGUCAUUCAACACGUGGAUGAUAUUCUCGUGGCCUCCAAUACAGAGGAACAGCGCAAACAGGAUCUGUGAAUCCUGCUGGACCACUCCCGAGGACAUAAAGGCAAUUUUAACAAUGUUCAAGUGUUGCGAGAAGAGGUUGUGUACCUGGGACAAAAGAUUUCAGAGGGAAAAAGAGAACUUACCCAGGACAAAACUGCAGUAAUUUGGAAGGCCCAAGAGCCUAUUACCACCCGGGAACUCCAAUCCGUUCAGGACUGUGUAACUUUAACAGGAAUUGGAUGGACUCAAACACACAACUAGCACAGCCACUGAACAACAUCUUAAAGGGCAAGAGAGCAUCAAAAGAGAUUCAAAGAGCAAUGAGAGGCUUUUAGGAAUCUAAAAGAGGUCUUAUGCUCGGCACCUGCUUUGGGAAUUGCUGACAAUGGGAAGUCAUUUAUGCCUUUUGUAAAUGGAAAGGAACAAUACAUGACAGCCAUACUGAUGCAAGAACAUGGGGAUAUACAAAGAUCUAUUGGAUACUACGCAGCAAAACUGGAUGCAGUAGCCCUGGAAUGGGGAAGCUGCUUGAGUGCCAUGGAAGCCACAUGUCAAGCUGUAAUGGCCACUGCAGGUUUGGUCCUUGACCAAAAACAUUCAAGUGUCCCCACACAGUACACACCUUACUGUCAAUGAAUAGAGUAUUGCAAGUCAUGGCAGCUAGGUGGACACAUUGGGCAGCAGUCUUAGAAGCCCCCAAUCUCCAAAUUGUCUGGGCCAGCCCAGUUAACCCCACAGCAAUGCUCCCAGUGUCCCGAGAGCAAGAAGAGAGAGGAGACGGGUAUGAAGAACAUGACUGUGUGGAAAUUUUAAAACAAAUAGAUGAAGCAGCUCUUGCAGCAGAGGAGCCUCUGCAAGAAUCCAGACCUCUUUACAGAUGGGUCCUCUUUCAUUGAAAAUGGGAUGAGAAAAGCAGGAUGGGCAGCCACUAGUCUACAUGAAGUCGUGGCAAAAGGUAGUCCACCUGCCUGAACAUCAGCCCAACAGGCCAAGCUGAGUGCUCUAUCAGAAGCAUGCAAGAUAGCAGAGAGACAGAUGGCUAAUAUCUACACAGAAUCCCACUGCGCUUUUGGAGUAGCCCAUGAUUUUGGACAACUAUGGCAAAGGAGGGGAUCCCUUACAGCUGCAAGUACCCCCAUUCAAAAUGGCAACAAAGUCCAAAAUCUACUUGAAGCCAUACAAUUAGCCCAAGAAGUCCCCAUCCUGAAACGCAAGGCCCAUGCCAGAGAAACCAACAUAGAAGCCCAAGGAAAUGCUCUGGCUGAUCACAAGAAGAGCCUCCAAUGGAACCCACGUCAAUGUGUAAAUUAAAGACCUUGACACAAGACCUAAAGGAGAUGCAGUGUCAAUGCUCCCGAGAGGAAAAAUGGACUUGGAUUGAGGCAGGAAUUAAACUAUGCGAAGAUGGUAUCUGGAGAUAAAGAGAAAUGGACAAACAUAUUGCCCCACAGGCAUUAAUGCCCUUUUUGGCACAACAGAUUCACUCAUGGAGGCAUUUGGCUCUGCAAUAAACGAUGGCAUAAUUCCAGAAGAGUUGGUCUGGUCGAGGUCUUAAAAACAUGUCCAGGUGGUAACAGACCAUUGCAUGAUCUACCAGAAGAACAACCAUCACCGCCAUGCCCCAAAUGAGACCACCCCCCACCCACUGCAGGACCAUUGCAACACCUACAAAACGACUACAUGUCCCUCCCACCAUGUCAAAGCUAUACCGAAGUCCUAGUUAUCAUUGACAAAUUCUCCAGAUGGGUGGAAACCUCUUCAACCGGAGAAGCCACAGCCAAUCAUACAGCUAAAGUUUUGUGUAAGGAUUACAGUCCUCGGUGGGGAGUCUCAACCAGCACAGAUUCUGACCAAGGGACACACUUCACAGGUGCUGUCUGCCAGGGAGUUUGCAGGUUGUUAAACAUUAAAUGUGAGCUCCACUGGCCUCAUCACCCCCCCAGUCAUGAGGGCAAGUGGAACGAACCAACCGUACCUUAAAACAAAGGCUCGCUAAGCACCACCAAGGGGGAGUAUCCUGGCCAUGAGCCCUGUCAAUAGAACCAUGCAGCAUCCAAGCAACUCCCAAUCAAACAAUAGGACCAAGCCCUUUUGAAGUCAACACUGGAAGGCCUACAUCAUUGCCAGGAACAACUAAGUUGCGGAAAGCCUAUUGCCACUUAGUGAGUGACAUGCUGUUGAAGUAUUGUCAAGUCCUAACCAAUGUUGUCAGGUCCUCUCCCCGACAGCUUCCCUUUUAAUGCAUCUGAAAUGGCAGAAUAGAUAAUUCGCCUCCUCAAAGGAUCUGGUAUGAUGGCACGGCAGUCACCAGCUCGAACAGGGAUGUACUGGGUGCAUGUGGCUCACCCCAGACAGUAGUGGGAGUCAGCAGGUCACAACAUCUUUGCAGGGUGGUGUCAGCCCAAAUGACCACAUCUCACAACAACCUCCAUUCACGACCGUUGCCAACACCUCUAGAAUGGGGAGACCAGGAGGAAUCUGUUUAUGUAAAACCCAGACAGGAGGGCAGGAGACGGGAUACAGCAAGUAUUCCCCAUAUUAGAAUGCAACCCAGAGUGUUGACUCCACCCUCCUGACAUUCUAACAUCUCACCAGCAAAGAUGGUAUCCCAACAUAAUAACUAGGUUUACCCCUUAAAAUGGCGCUUACUUUGUUUGCGACCGUAAGGCCUAUGACAGGUUACCCUCAUCAUGGACGGGUUCAGGUUACUUGAGUUAUGUCGUCCCCUUUGUCCAUCACUCAUUAUCCCUACCUGAGACACUGUCAAAGAUUUAAAAGUGCCAUUACAGAGAUAGAGAGAUUCUUUUCCAUCUUGAUCUCCUAGCACAGAACCACAAAACUGGUGAGGGAAUCUAUCAACGUGGCAGAAGUCCUAGAACAGGUGGCCAACGAUACAGCAGAGGUCUUGGAUGAAACAUGUGCUGAAAUGGUAACCAUCCAGAAAACAGCGCUGCAGAAUAGAUGGCUCUUGAUUGGAUACUGGCUGAAAAGGGAGUCGCUUGUGCCCUAAAAGGGGCCGAAUGCGAUACUUACAUCCCAGAUAACUCCAAGCAAUCACCAAUUUAGCAGCAUAUAUAUGAAAAAAGAUGGACAAACUAAAACAACCCCCGUCCUCCACGCUGAAAAGUUGAGCAACAUGUUGGUUGUGAUCCUUGGGAACCUCCCUGGAUGAAGGGAGUUGUGUUAUUCAGUGUAGUAAUUCUCAUUUUGUAUUGUUUGUUUUUAUUCAUCAAAUGUGUUGCCAACAAGUGGUUUCUGCCAUAGCCAUGCAGGUUAGGGUCCUGAAAGCUAAGCAUCCUGUGAGGCAAUCAUUCUUGCAUAAAAAAGCCUAUCUCAUAUGUUUAACUAUAUACUUGUGUGCUUUGUGAUUUGCUUAAGGGGGAAUCAAAACGGGGAUUGUUAGGGCUGCUCAUAAUUGAGUAGCACAAAAUGCCAACGGCUGCCUGUAGCUGAAAACAAAAUGGCUGACAACUGUCCAUAGCUAAUGCAGCAAAACAGGACUGACUAACUAUUCAAGGUUGCUAAUAUGCCUAAGAUGGUGAUAUUAACAUUUAACAUUUGGCAAUAGCAGCUCUGAAGAACAUUUAAUUCAGCUAACAUUGAAGAUAUAGAUAAUAACAUUUAACAAUAGCCACUCUGUAAGCAGCUAAUGUAUUAGACAUUGAACAUUUGAUCUGUCAAACUAUAGAUCCAAAUUAGUUAUAGAAAAUCAUUAAAGGAAAAGAUUUAAACCAGACCACAGAUAGUUAACAAUUAGUUCAGUGAAUGCAGUCCAGAAAGCUCUCUCUCUCUCUCACUUAUUUUCUAACUUUCUGCCUAUCUCACUUUUUAGCUUUGUUACAGAGAGGAAUGAAUACAGAGAUCAAUAUUAUUUCCUGUAACGAGAAUCCUUUAAAAGGUUAUCCAAUUAAUUGAUAAUUAACAUGGUGCGACAGCCACCCAAUGGGAAAAGGCUCAAUGAGAAAGAUAAGAAAGUCUGUGAAAACAUCAUGACCAGGGUGAACAAGCCUGCCCGUCUCAGUGAUUAGCAAGCCGGGAGCCAAUUACAGGUGGCCUACUCGGCUCCGUUAACCAAUCGUAAUCAAAGCGGGGAUGGUAGGUGGGGGACUGUGUGUGCACUCUACGUUAAAAUGUAUUAGUUAAGACAUUCUGAAACCAGUGUGCCUUUGUGCCUUUAUGCCUUUUUGUUGUAUGCUGUAAUUGAGCUGCAAAUCGCAAAUACAGGACAUCACAGUC